CCGAGCGGAGAGGGCUGUACGGAAGGGUAGGGUUGGGAGGAAGCACCGGGCGGGCUGGCUGGACCGGAGAGAAGGCAGCGCUGCUGGCUGGAUGGCUGCUGGCUGGCGAGGGGGUUUGCUAAGGAAGUAGUGCUAACUAGCCUGAAGAUUUUCUGCUGCUGCCUCGCGUCCUCAUGGUUUGGCUCCUUUCGAAAAAGAGGUGAGGCUGAAGAUGAGUCAACACCCCUCUGUUGUGUGGUUUUGCUAAUCCUCGGCGGGACUUGGAGCUUUGACAGGAGACAUUGCAGUUUUUUUUGUUGGAGCACUUGCUGAAGCUCAUCGACACCCCGCUGGCUCUGCCCCGUUCACUGAAACAAUCUGCUUUUGCACUGAAUGCUUCACUUUAUUGUCCUUCAACUUCACAACCAGAGCUUUUCACUAUGGCUGCAUGAGGUGCUGCCUGCUACUUUCACCCGUCAGACUGUCAGGAGAGCUCAUGGCCUACGGUCAGCAGCCCACUCCACGCUCUUCACCCAGACCACCACUGCCCUGUCUCCACAGGUUUGGAAGAGCGCCCCCUCAUGGCCUGGGCAGAGACUGUUUUGUUCCUCCGCUGCUCCACAGGAGGUGACGGUGGUGUAUCAGAAUGGUCUGCCUGUGAUCUCGGUCAGUUUGCCGUCCAGGCGGGAGCGCUGCCAGUUCACCCUGAAGCCUCUGAGCGACUGUGUGGGCGUUUUCCUGCAGCAGCUGCAGGCGGAGGACAGAGGCAUCGACCGUGUGGCCAUCUACUCCAUGGACGGAGCGAGGAUCGCCUCCUCCACUGGCAUAGACAUCCUGCUGAUGGAUGACUUUAAGCUCGUCAUCAAUGACACCACUCAUAUUGUGCGACCACCAAGGAGAGAGAUUCUGCCACACGAGGAGGCCGAGAGGCUAAAUGACGUCAAGUUUCUGGUGCAGCAGCUCUACACCACACUGCACAUUGAGGAGCACCAGCUCAGCAAAGAGCGGGAGCUGAUUGGACGACUGGAGGACCUCAACUCUCAGCUGCGCCCCCUAGAGAAGGUGAGAGAGGAGCUGAGCAAGAAGGCGGAGCGCCGCACCACCUGGGUGCUGUGGGGCGGCAUGGCGUACAUGGCGACACAGUUUGGCAUCCUGGCCAGGCUGACCUGGUGGGAAUACUCCUGGGAUAUCAUGGAGCCCGUCACCUACUUCAUCACUUAUGGCACUGCGAUGGCAAUGUAUGCCUACUUUGUGCUUACACGUCAGGAGUAUGUUUAUCCUGAUGCUAGGGAUAGACAGUAUCUGCUGUUCUUCCACAAGGGAGUGAAGAGGACACGCUUUGAUAUCGAGAAGUACAACAAGCUGAAGGAUGACAUCGCUGAGGUGGAGCUGGACCUGAAGCGCCUAAGGGAUCCGCUCCAGCUCCAGCUCCCGAUUCAGCAGCUGCCCAGCGACAAAAAUUGAUGGCAAGCGUGACUCCCCUCAUCUCUGAUCUCCUGGAACCGACCCUCUUUCUUCCCUCUCCCCCCCUCUGGUGUCUGAUAAUCCCCUCUCUACCUCCUCCUAUCCUGCUCUCCUUCUUUACCUGUCCCUUUGUUUAUUGUGGAAGGUUUUUUUUUUUUUUUCUUUCCUGGCUAAAAUGUAUAGUUGGAAUUCGAGAAUGCCUCAAACUGAAGACUUCUCACAGCUGAAGGUUGAAGAGGAAGACGAAGAUGAUGAAGAUUAUCAAAGCAAAUUGGAUUAGCCUCAAACUCUGGAGGGGCGACCUGCCGGUAAACUGCAGGGAUGAAUGUGAAUUUGCUUGCUUGUAAGCACUCUGAGAUAGCAAACAUGGUGAGGAGCAGCCCUUGUUGAGUCAGUGUGAGUGUGUUGAAGAGGGAUCGACAACACACACACACGCAGGCGCGCGUGAACGCCUCCUCCCGGCCUGUGCAAGCUCCAGAGACAAGUUUACAGGAAGUUCUGACUGCAGUCGCACCAUCAUGGAGACUCUAGUUUCCCUGCGUCUGAACUCUGCCGCCUCCCCUCCCUCUCCGUCGAGCCGCACCUCCUCCAGGUGGCGGGCAGCUUCCCUUCGUCAGGAGCAUCUGUAUCUCUGCAGGAAGCAGGAACGCCUCGUUUUCUCUUCCUGUUGAUGUUCUGUAAGCGGCUUGGCAUCCGCAAGUCAGAGAGUCCUACCGACAACAACAUCACUGUGUGUUCUUUUAUUCCAAAACAAAAAACAACAAAAAAAAAAAAAGUUAAUAUUUUGGCACUUUUUAUUUUGAAAGCCAUAGUAUAUUUGUUAUGACGAAAAUAUGGGUAUAUAUGUAUACAAUCAAACAAAUGACCAGAGGCUAGUUUUUUUCCCCUUUGUUUUCCAGUGGGGGGAGGAGCUCUCCGACAAACAUAAAAAAAAAAAAUUUAUCAUCGGAACCCCCUAAAGGGACUCCACUAACUACAGCAUUACAUUGUAUUCAAUAAAUACCUUGUACUAAUAGCUUUGUACAUUUUCAUGACAAGUGCACAAUAUAUAUGUGGCGUUCAUUUUCAGGAGAAGAGCUCCUGUGCAUGAUCUCUGAGAGGGAGGAAGCAACUCUGAAGCCAGAUCAGGGUGAAAAAUGGCUUUAAUUACAAAAUAAAUGUAUUUCUCAGCAAUGUGAAUAAUGCUGUGCUUUAUCUCUUUAACCAACCAUUGCUGCGGCGUGUUGUGCAUUAUCUCCAAUGUAGUUAAAAAAAAAGAAGAAAAACUUGCCCUAAUGUUGGAGUAUAACCUAAUUCGAUUCAUGCAACAAAAAAAACAAAAAAACAUAAAAUAAAAUUUCAUCCUAAGAUGAUAUGGAAUAAAGUCAGAGUUUUCUCCUCCCACUGCUGCUGUAAUGGCCUCCCCCCUGCUCUCAGUGACAAGGCAGGGCAGACUGCAUGCUGUGGUAUGGCCUCAGUAGAAACUUGUGAACGUGUAGGAGCAUUAUUGCAAUUUUGUACUUAACUGGGCACCUUCUUUUCGCGCAUCCUUUUGACGUCCAUCAGCAUCUCCAUGAAGUUUUGCAACACAUUGUUAAUUCAAACCAUAUCUUGAUAUUUCUUUAGAUGUGGGCCAGUAUGAGAUUCUCGCUGCAGGGAAACAUCGGACAAAAUACUGUGACUUUACUGUGUUGGGCUGAACUUUAAACCAAAAAACCUAUCAAAUGACCUAAUCUUGUUGAUUUAAAACUGAAAAUUGAUCCUGCUACUCCAAAAAUGUCAAUAAACGCAAGUAUUAAAAUUUUGUUAAAGAUUUUGCAAGCAUAUACAUCCGCUUCGCUGAUGAACCCAAAUACGGGAUUUCUUGGUUUUGAUCCAAUAAAUAAUCAGAUUUUGAUUAUUUAAAGGAAAAUUGAUCAGACCGGUUUAACUGGUCAGAUUAAAUCUCAUCAAUAAGUCGAUCUCCUCAAGUCUCAGUAGCAGACAGAGACCAGCAGGUGGCACUGCUUUAGGUUUCAUAGCUAUUUCCAAAAAGCCAAAUUUGUCUUUUGUUUCAGCCAGCUGAGUGGUGGUGUGCAGCAUUGGGCUAGCCUAUGCUCCAUAACACCUGGAAAAGCAAAAUAUUAUUUUCAACAAAAAAAAAAAUGUAGUCUGUAAGGAACUAUAUGACAAUUUUAGCACCGUUGAAAAGGUAACUUUUAAAACUCUUGGUACCGGUAGCUGGCCCAUGCCUAAAGCUUUUUUGCGAAUGUUUCUCCAUGAACUUCUUUCAGAGCGGCAGAGUUUGCUGUUCAGGGUCCGGUUUGUCGGCCCCAGCAGGGGGGCUUGGCAUUUCGCUCCCUUCGCCAUUUUAUCCCUUCAUAGUUUCAGUCGUUUGGUACCAUCUGCCAUUGGACGGGGCCCUCUAGGAUGUUUCUUACCUGAUCAUGUUCUACUGGUUGUCUGACUCCAAUCAUUGAUAUCCACCAGCAGAUGGCUGAUCAGUUAUCUUGCUUUGAUUAGGAGUCAAACUCUGUUCUUUGUCAUGAGUUUACUGGUUCAAAAAGGGGCUCAGAACCUAAAUGAGAGGAAAUAUAGUGUAAUUAGAAGUUUUCCCAAAUAUAUAACAUCAUCUGUGAGAUUUGACUGUUAUAUGCGUGUUUAUCUCUAUAAUUUAUGUAAAUACUUUGUGAAGUGAAAAAAAAAUUGUUUUUUUUGGCAUGAAACAAUGGCUUGAGUAACUCUUCAAAGCAAUAUUGGAUGCAAAUUGACAAAAGUACAAAGUGAGCCCCCUAGUGGUCCAAACGCCAUUUUUUUUUAUCAUCUCUUUUUGCUCCAAAGACAAAGCCAGUUGUUUUUGACUCUGAGCUGUCAUCACUCAGCCUGUGCAGCGGGGAGGCGCCGUCCCCCAACAUCCUCCUACAUGGAGUUCAGGAGCAUCCUGAACUCGAGUCCUACUGGGGAGCAGAUCUUUCAUAUUUAAGUGCAUGCUUUGGGCUCAGAUCAUUAAUUAGCCUUGCAAAUUUAAAGACAGGAUAGAGCCUUAUCUGGUGCAUUGUGUGUGUUUGUUUGUGUGUGUUAUUGCUUAGAGAAAUUGUGCCUUUUGGAUAAUAAAUGACGUAAUCUGUGUUGAGAUCUUAGUCUUAAACGAACAGCAGUGUUAGGCAUUCAGAGACAAAGAAAGGCAGAAAUGGGUUUGUUUAGGAAGUGGAAAUACAUUUGAAAAUGUUUAAACGGUGUAAAAAUGUAAGAAGGUUUCUGCAUCUGUGAUUCUUUUGCUGCUUGUCAGUACAAGUAAGAGUUGAUAUUUCCUGAAUAUAUCUGCUUUCACACACAAUACACUCAGAUCCUGUAAUAGUUGGCUGUUUGUGGUCUGGUUCCUCCCCUCUGCUGUCUCUCUGUCCGUCAUCACUUUCUCUUUUUUAUUUUUCUUCUUCAGAUCAUACCAUCCACCGUUUACUGCCUUUUGUUUGUCUUUAUUUUUUUCUAAACAAACUAUAUCAAAUAUAGGGAAACUUAUGCUAAAGAGGGUGUUGCAUGAAUGUAUGUUUACAUGGAAACUUAUCUAAAAAGAAAAAAAAAGAUGAUUUAUUCAAAUACGUGCAAAGAUAAUUUAAGAAACGUUGUUUGUAGAGAUUCCUAGUUAUAAAAAGGGACAUCAGGCAGUGCUGCGUCUUUAAAGUCCAGCCUGCCAGACAUCAUUCAAGUCCCAGCCAACCAACUGCUUAAAUCCAGUCCAUUUUUAUCUUAUGUAUUCCCAGUAUCCUGGUCCUGACUGUGUGUCCUCGUUCUCCGAUAAGUGAAAAAUUCCAACAACGAAGGCCUGAGAGCCUCUGUGCUAAAGGAGAGACUUCAGGUUAAUGCUUUAAAAUCAUCUGGGAAGACCUCCGUCUUUUCUUUUCACCCACCCUUGCCUUUGUUUUCUCCAAAGUGUCAUUAUUAUUCUACAUUUUUUGAUGUGCAUUGAGCUUCAGAUUUUUGUGAUUGAUUUUGUUUGGACAUGCUCAAGAUGGAAGCAGAACGUAGGAUUGAAUGGAUCAUGUAUUUCAUUUGGACCUAUUCUACUCUGUUGUUUUUGUUUGCUUCAGUUGACAUGAUGCUGUAAUGUUGGCAGAACAAAAAAUAAAUAAAGAAAGAAAGAAAGAAAAUGUAAAAUCCUGUAUCAUUUAUGAAAUAUGUAUAAAGGAGAAAUGUAAUUCAAUUAUCAAUAAAACCCUUGUCCAGGUUUUGGA